CUUCUGUUCAUUUACUCAAUUCUCAGUGUCAAGGCGACGUUCGUGGAAUCUGCAUCUCUGCUCUGCGCUUAAAAUUGCAAAAAUUAUGAAGGAGCUUAUUUGUCUUUUGCUGCUUAGUUGCGGGCUGCUAGGCUGCAUUGCCAGGCGUCAUCAUGAUCCCGACGCGCCUAAGCUGCCCAUAACACUCUACUACGAAGCGCUCUGUCCAUACUGCAUGGAGUUUGUGACAACUCAGCUGGGUCCUUCGAUGACGCGCAUGGACAGGCUGCGAUACACGGACCUAACACUGGUGCCCUAUGGAAAUGCAAGGAUGAACGAGGACGGAGAACUCACCUGUCAGCACGGUGAGGAUGAGUGCGAGCUGAAUGCCUGGCAUGGCUGCAUCCUGGAGCAUAACAACAUAAGUAUAUCAUUAAAGCUAAUUGCCUGCAUGAUGCGCGGUCGCAAAAAUAAUCUGGAUAGGUGCGCCAAGCGCUAUAACAUCGAUGUGAGUGCUGUGAAGGCAUGCAAGAAUGCGCGCAGCGUCGAUGAAAUAUUGAAAAAAUAUGGUGAAGCAACGGCCCGAGUGUCAUUCCACGGUGUGCCAGCCAUUGCAGUGGAUAAUGCUUAUGAUGAAGCGGAUCAGGAAGGUCUAUCCGAUAAUUUUGACCAAACCUUCUGCGCCAAAUACAAAGCCAAAUUUAACAAGAAUCUAGAAAACUGUGAGCCAUCUGCAAGGAGUAACACGAUUAGAACACAACACUUAUAAUGGAUAGUACCCGAAAAAUAUUUAUAUUGAAAGUGCCACAGACUUUUCGUAAGUACUAAGUAAAAAUAAUAGGGAUUUAGCUAAGGAAAUCAGUUGCCAAAUAACAAUUUCAAUACGAUAGUUAUACAAAAUUACAAAGAAACUUUCAAAAGAUCACAAUUAAAUUCGUUAUAUGAACAUCUAACUAAAUUUAAAUACAUGUAAAAGUUCGAAUUACAGAUGCAAUAGAUGGAUGGCUUCAUAAAUAUAUGAUUUAAUCAUUUA